AUGAAUGUAGCUAAAUGUGGUUGCAAGGAAAAUCGACCUCCGAUGGCUGGGCGUACUGUUUGUGUUUGCUCCACAAACGCAAAAAAAAUGCCAGCUGCUAGCUUCAAGAUACCAACAAUACCUGUUAGUCGUCCAUUACAGGUUAAUAACAAGGAACAUCCUGGAAAACAAGAAACACAUGGUAAAGAGGAGAAAAAGAAACAAUGGGCUCUAACAGACUUUGAUUUAGGCCGUCCUCUCGGGAAAGGUAAAUUUGGUAACGUAUACUUAGCAAGAGAAAAAGAAUCACACUAUGUAGUAGCACUUAAGGUUCUAUUUAAGAGUCAAAUCCUAGAUUCAGAGAUAGAACAUCAAGUCCGACGCGAAGUUGAAAUACAGUGUAGACUGAGGCAUCCGAACAUUUUGCGUAUGUACGGCUAUUUUCACGACGAAAAAAGGAUAUAUUUAAUUUUGGAGUACGCGAAACACGGUGCGCUGUACAAAUUACUGAAGGAACGCGGGCGUUUCGAUGAAAAAACUGCAGCCAUUUAUGUGCGAGAUUUAACCAUGGCUUUGAUCUACUGUCAUUCAAAGAAAGUUAUUCACAGAGAUAUAAAACCCGAAAACUUGUUAAUCGGUCAUAAUUUCGAGUUGAAAAUUGCUGACUUUGGUUGGUCGGUUCAUUCACCGUCCUCAAGACGUAUGACUCUAUGUGGAACGUUGGAUUAUUUAUCUCCAGAGAUGAUUGAAGGUAAACCCCAUAACUAUGCUGUUGACAUCUGGAGUCUAGGAGUUUUGUGUUAUGAAUUACUUGUAGGAUUGCCUCCGUUUGAUGCAAAGGACUCGCACCAGACAUACAGAAAAAUAAGAUAUGUUAUAAUCAAGUACCCAGACUUUAUUUCAGAGAAAGCAAAAGAUUUAAUGGGUAAGUUAUUAGUUAUCAAUCCGGAACAGAGAUUACCCUUAAUGCAAGUUUUACAGCAUCCAUGGAUUAUAGAAAAUGCCCCGGAAGGUGCUCGGCCUUCUUUUGUCAAUGAACAAAAGUAAUUAGCAAGUUUUGUCUUUGAUGUUUUACUGUAAUGAUGACUUAUUUUGUUAUCAAUUAUUGUUCAAUUUUAGAAUAAUUUACUUAAUUAUGAUAUGAAAUAAAGUUAAUACAUUA